AUGAUUAAAAUUGUUGUUUAUUCUAGAUUAAAGAAAGAGUGCACUUUAAUGUUUUACAAACGGGUGACGAACUUAAAGUUCGACCCGACGUUUCUGCCUGUCGUUGUGACAAGUUUUACGUCUUUUCUUAUACUUUACAAGUUUAUUAAUCCAUAUUUUUCAAAAAUGCUCGUGAAUACCUUUCAAACAUUGACUGACGCACAAAAAGUCGAUUGGAGUACAAGAGUCAAUUCAUCGAUUAAUUCGUUUACAGUUGGAAUUAUUUGUGUAUAUAUGAUGUUGGCCGAUCGUGGUUUAGCUGCAAAUCCGCUUUUAUAUAAAAGCUAUUUAUUGAAAACAAAUCUGUCUUUUGUUAUCGGAUAUCUGUUGAGCGAUACGGUGAUUAGUAUUGUACAUUACAAGAAAAUUGGUGAUUCAUUCACCAUGGCUCAUCAUUUGGUUUCGAUGUAUGCUUUUGCUUAUGUUUUAACAUUGAAUGUUAUGCCAUAUUUUGCUAAUUUUCGACUACUGGCGGAACUGUCAACACCAUUGGUGAAUAUAAGAUGGUUUCUCGAUACAUUAAAGUAUCCAAAGAGUUCCAAAGCUUUCGUGCUCAACGGUGUUCUGAUGACGUUAGUUUUCUUUUUCGUUCGUAUUGUGGCAAUGCCGAUCUAUUGGUGGAAAGUGUAUACCGUUGCGAUCACACCAUUAUGGUCACACAUGGGCCAUUUUCGAUACGUUCUCAUAUACGUUUGUAUUGUUCUUGAUCUUAUUAAUUUGUAUUGGUUUUCAAAAAUGAUGAAUCCUUUAACAUGGUUCGAUCAAGGUCACGGUGGAACGUACUUAUUGACCGUCGUGAGUAUUUCUUCCAUCGUAUGCUUUGUUCUUGGUUUCAUAACCCAAAACCAUUCACAAGUGGAUAAACUUUGGAGUUUAUUACCGCCGAUAUACUGCUUAAUCGUUUUCGUAUGUUCGCCAUUCCAACCUCGAGUGUUAAUCAUGACUGUACUUGCCUGGAUGUGGGGCCUUCGUCUAUCGUAUAAUUUCGCUCGAAAAGAUGGUUAUACAUGGGCAGGAGAAGACUACCGAUGGCCAAUUUUACGCAAAAUAGUGAAUAAUCGGUUUUUAUUUGAACUAUUUAAUUUAACCUUUAUUUCUACUUUUCAAAACAUUCUUCUGUUAUUCAUUGCUUGUCCUAUCUACUACGUAGCAUCACAUCGAACCGCCCCAUUGAACGCGUGGGACUUUGUUUGUACCGGACUUUUUCUAUUCUUUUUCGCUGUGGAAGUAACAGCAGAUCAACAACAGUGGAACUUUCACGGUGAUAAGAAAGCCAAACGGCCAGGAACAAAAGAUGGUUUUCUUCAACAAGGACUCUUCAGAUAUUCUCGACAUCCAAAUUUCUUUUCGGAAAUCUGUCUUUGGUGGAUCUUUUAUGCAUUUACAUUCUCUGCGCAACCAUUUUCUUACAUCAAUUGGACAAUUUUAGGUACGAUUUCUUUAACUGCACUGAUCAACGGUUCAACAACAUUCACGGAAUCAGUUAGCGCACAAAAAUAUCCGAAAUAUAAACAAUAUCAACAGACAACAUCGAGACUCAUACCAUGGUGGCCUUCGAAAUGA